CUUCCCCAAUUUACAGUAUCUGAGUUUAGCUCACUGCAGAAAAUUCACAGACAAAGGUUUACUGUACCUGGGCUCUGGAAAAGGCUGUCACAAGCUCAUCUAUUUGGACCUUUCAGGCUGCAUUCAGAUUUCAGUUGAUGGCUUCAGAAAUAUUGCCAAUGGCUGCAGUAGGAUUCAAGAUUUGCUAAUCAACAAAAUGCCAACUCUUACAGACAGAUGUAUUCAAGCUGUGGUUGAAAAAUGCCAACAGAUAAUGUCUGUUGUCUUUCUUGACUCUCCACAUCUUUCUGAUACAACUUUUAAAGCCCUUGCUGAAUGUAAACUUGUCAAGGUCAGCAUUGAAGGGAAUAACCGAAUUACUGAUUUAAGUUUCAAGUUGAUGAGUAAAUGCUGCCCAUACAUCAGGCAGAUUCAUAUGGCUGAUUGCCAGAAGAUUACAGAUGAUGGUCUUAAGAUGAUUUCACUAUUGAAGCAUAUUCUUGUACUGAAUGUAGCAGACUGCAUAAGAAUCACUGAUGGAGGUGUAAAGCCAUUUGUACAAGGUUCUUCAGGAGCUAAGCUAGAGCUGAAUUUGGCUAAUUGUAUUCAUGUCACUGAUGUUUCUGUCACAGAAAUAGCACGAAGAUGUCAUGAAUUGGCCUACCUAAAUCUGCGUCACUGUGAAAAUGUGACUGAUGCUGGAAUUGAAGCCUUGGGAAAUAUGUCGUCAUUGAUAUCCAUUGAUAUCUCUGGAACCAGCAUCUCAGAUACGGGCUUGAGAGCCCUUGGCCGCCAAGGAAAAAUAAAGGAACUUUCUAUAUCAGAAUGCAAAAACAUCAGUGGUUCUGGGAUUCAGGAGUUCUGCAAGGGCACAAAAUACUUGGAAUACUGCCAUGUCUCUUACUGCCCUCAGCUGACGGAUGAAGCUGUGAAAGCAAUGGCAUUUCACUGCCACACGCUAACAUCUGUCAACAUAGCGGGUUGCCCAAAGAUGACUGACACCUGUAUCCAAUACUUGGCUGCAGCCUGCCAUUAUCUCCACUUCUUGGAUGUCUCGGGUUGCAUUCAUCUUACUGACAAAACACUGAAAUAUCUUUGGAAAGGUUGUAAGCAACUCCAGAUUCUCAAGAUGCUGUACUGUAGAAAUAUUACCAAACAAGCUGUCUUGAAAUAUACAGCCAAACUGGAGAACCAAGAACAUAACGAUACUGACCCUCCUUCCUGGCUGGGAUAUGACCAAGAUGGUAACAUAUUACCUUCACCAAAAAACACACAUUAGAGCCUGAAUAAACAAAUUCUUCAAAAUGAAAGAUGA